CGACUCCCUAUCAAUCAGGCGAUCUGGGCCGCGCUUUUAAAAUGCACGCGCCACAUAAGAUCGAGGUUUGCGCGGGAGGCGCGCGGUCUGGAUGUUUUGGGCUGAAAUCGGAUGUUUGGACGGCGGUUUCGGGAGAGAUUUUUCUGGCUCGACACAGUCUAGGCCCAGUUCUUUUUUUUUUUAUGAUCUUUUGUAGAAGUGCGAAUGGCGAUGGCGGCAGCGCUGGUGGGGAGGGAUAGCCUGAUGUCCCUUUGAUUGAUAGGCGAUUAUGGGCAGGCAUUUUAUUAUAUUUAAAGGGACAGGGGCGAUUUUUUAAAAUAAGUCAUCGAAAACGUUUUAUUCGAAGCGGAAGAUUUUUUUUCCAUUAUGACGUAACAUUUGGACUAUUAAUUGAUUCUGUAGCGCUUCGAAUAAAAACUAUAUAUUUACAUGAACAUAUGGAGUGGUUUAGACUACAAGCUCACUACAAGCAUGGCGCCUACAGUAAUAGAGUAUGAGAGACCGUCUGAUACAUGACCACGGUUGCCAUUAACUUAAUGAUUCCCUGCGAUUAAUUAGCAAAUCGAAUUUGGGAACAAAUGCACAUAUUUUCAGUUAUUCUUUCUCAAAUUCAAAGUGAACCACUCAUUGAAAUCCUACUGCAGUGUUAUUAUUUUGCUGUUACUAUUUAUAUCGCGAUACUGUAUUUGUCUGGUCGCAAACGAGUAGUGGUGCUGAAGUUCAGCUUUAGAGAAUGCCCAAGCGUUGUCCAAGGCAACAGUAACUAUGAUGACAUCCCCAUCAGUGUCCAUGGAGGAUUACCAAGAGGCUGAACAGAUGCAAAUGGGGCAACAGACAGCGGGACAAGCAGAAGCAAGGUUAGAGGAAGAGGAGAGAGAGGAGGAGGAGAGCAGCUCAGCGCCAUCUGAGCCACAAACUCCUAUGGAGCUCUACAAGAUGGCCAUUUACAGACAUCCCUUGUUUCCUCUGUUGGCGUUGCUCUUUGAAAAAUGCGAGCAAUCUACUCAGAGCUCCGAUUGCGUGACUUCGGCCAGUUUCGAUGUGGACAUCGAAAACUUUGUACGGAACCAGGAGAAAGAAGGCAAGGCUUUUUUCAGUGAGGACCCCGAUUUAGACAAUCUGAUGGUGAAGGCCAUCCAGGUGUUGCGGAUUCACCUUCUGGAGCUGGAGAAGGUGAGCGACCUGUGUAAAGAUUUCUGUAGCCGCUACAUCGCCUGCCUCAAGACCAAGAUGAACAGUGAGACUCUGCUGAGCGGGGAACCAGGAAGCCCCUACUCCCCAACACAGACACAGCCACUAAGCUCAUUCUCUGGAGCCAUGAGUCCUCAAGGUAUUGUAGUACCAGCAUCUGCCUUACAGCAGGGCAAUGUUACUGUCACAGCUGUAAACCCCACACAGGUGGUCACAGGUGGUACAGUAUAUCAGCCUGUUACAGUUGUUACUCAGCAGGGGCAGGUGGUCACACAGACUCUGUCACCUGGAACAAUACGCAUCCAGAACUCACAGCUUCAGCUGCAAUUAAACCAGGAUCUGAGUUUUUUCAGUCAGGAGGACAGCUCGUCUAAGGCAAAGAGAGGCAUCCUGCCCAAACAUGCUACCAACGUCAUGCGCUCUUGGCUCUUCCAGCACAUUGGUCACCCUUAUCCUACAGAAGAUGAGAAGAAACAGAUUGCCCUGCAGACCAACCUGACCCUGCUGCAGGUUAACAACUGGUUCAUAAAUGCACGGAGACGAAUCCUGCAGCCCAUGUUAGACGCCAGCUCCUCAGACACACCCAAGAGCAAAAAGAAGACGCCCCAGACACGCCCCCUCCAACGCUUCUGGCCCAACUCCCUCGCCUCUUCUGUUUGCCAGCAAAAAGUUACCAUGGAAGACGGUACCACGGUAACAGUCGGUGUGGGUGAAGACGGGCUGCAGACGCUCUCAUCGGAUGGAGCUACGCUGGCAAUGCAUCAGGUCAUGAUGGGAGGUCACAGUGAGGAGGAUGAUGAUGAUGAUGAGGAAGAUGAUGAAGAAGAUGAUCCUUCUCACUCCGACAUGACCAGGCUGGGCCUGGAGACUAGCGACUCGCUGUAAUACAACUACACACACACUCUUACGCUGACAGUGAUGUGGAGAAAGACAUUUAUCAGAGGAGUAUCAGAGCACUAAGAUGAAAGACAGUGGAAGACGGUAGGUAGACAUGAAGAGCGAGAGACACACAAACAAACAAACAAACCUCAGCUGAUGUUUUGAAGGUCACUGCACACAUCCUCAAGUUGUCAAACAGCUUGUUUGGAGUACAGAGAAAGGGCUUAAAGCCAUCACACACACAAAAAACCCACACAUGCACCUGUACAGAGUCAAAAUGAAGAGCACAAGUCCACAGUCAUUCUCUCGCGCGGUCGAACACAAGCAGCAUUUCCUUCGCAGGAACUGCAGUUCUGCGACGCAGUUAGCUGAGUGCACUUUUUUUGUAUGAUAAUGUAAACUUAGUGUUCAAAGCACAGUUUGAAAGAAGCAAAGAGGAAGAAAUAAAAAAAACGUUUAAGGGAUAGUUCACCCAAAAAUGAAAACUCAUCAUUUACUCACAUCUUUCCAAACCUGUAUGGCUUUACUUUCUUCCGUGAAACACAAAGAACGUACAAUGAAAGUGAAUGGUGACUCAGGCUAACAUUUUGCUUAACAUGUCCUUUUGUGUUCCAUGGAAGAAAGUCAUACAGGUUUGGAACAACAUGAGUACUGGAAAUAAUGACAAAUAUUUUAAUUUUUGGGUGAACUUUAGCUUUAAUGCUGAAUGAUAUGGCUGUACUUAUCCUAAUUGUCUCGGAUACUAUGACAGUGAGAUUUCGUCUUAUGCAUGCCUGUGUUUGCAUUAAUUGCCAGGCACCAGGAAAAGAAGGAACUAUUUUUAUAGUACACUGUCAUAAAUGAUUGGUGCCAAAAAAAAUUUUUUUUUUUUUUUUUUUUUUUUUGGCUGUUGUUUGCUAUGUUUUGUAAGGAAUGUAUGAAAAAAAAUAAGAAAAAACACUUUUAAUGUGGUUCCCCUGUUUUUUUUUUUUUUUUUUUUCUUUUUUUGGGGGGGGGAUGUGGUGUUUGGAUUGUGGUAACUACUUAUUAGUUAAAUACAAUGAAAGAAAUUCCAGAAAAGUUAUCGGCUGGAGGCAUAGACUCAGAAGCCUUAAAUUUUUACAUUUCUAAUGCAACAGUGUGAAACGUUCUCAUAUUUGUUUGAAACAUCACUGAUGUCUUGUGCAAUCGGGAUAAAACAUUUCCAGAAAUUUGCUAGGUUGUGAUAAUAUUUAUGAUAUUCAAUGCCUGCAAUUUUAUUGCUUUUAAUGGUUACAUUGAAAAAAAAUCCUGCAGAAGUGGAAUACUGACAGAUAUCAACAAUGCUUUAUAUUUAUGUAAAUUUUUGGCAGAAGGAUUCAAACUUUAUUUUUUAUUUUUUCUCCUGAUUUAUCUUGGACGUUUCCUAAAGAAAUGUUUUUUCAAUAUCUAAAGUUUGAUUGCAUGGGUUUUGGUUUAUUAUUGUAAAGAAACGUUCACUAUUAUUUUUUAACACACAGUAGAUUACACAAAUCUAUCACACAAUGUAAAGCCCUUGAAAUUUGUACCGUUGACCAGUUUGAAUUAUUAAAUUAACUCUCAAUGGUAAGUUUCGUGCAUGGCAUAUCAAGGUUUUUAAAAGCCGAUAUAGAAUAUGAAUUUGAUAUGGUUUGCUCCAAUUUUUGUACUUUAUUUUAUGACCUAAAAUUCUUUCUUUACAGAUGUCAGUUCAUUAAUUGAACUCAUAUAUCCUGUUUUAUUGUUAUUUAGCAUAUUCCGUGCUUUAGGUUGUCUGUUCUGAGCGGCUUUUCAUUUGCAUGAAUAGUCUUGUGAUGCCAUCAGUCAGAUGACUAACCCAAAAGCAGACAGUCAACUCCGUUAGCUCAGCAUGGUGGGUUUAAAUGCUAAACUUUGUGCUUUAAGCAUUUUUUCUUUGCUUCUAUAAUCGCUUUUCUCACACACAUAGAAACAAACAAACACACACAGAUUUGCCUUUCAGACUCUUCAUUUUGUAAUAAAAAACACUGUACCUGAAGAACAUAUGUUGUGCUUGAUUUUCUUUAUUUUAAAUGGAGUUCUGUUGUGCUGCAUUCAUGAUAGGGGCCAGAGAUAAUUUUAAUGUAACCUUCACUGACUCUGUCUGCUGCACAGACAAAUAAAUCAUUUGACUUGGGGGUACAAUUGUAAUGUAGAUCAUGAAAAGAUCAUGGGUUUUUUUUCAUCAGUUUUCACACUGUAUCUGUGGUUUUGUGUUAUACUUUUUCAUAUCAUUAUUUCUGAGGAACGUUUUGUGUAUAGAAUAUGGACAUUUUGGAGGAGCAGAAAUAGAGACUCAAAAACUUCAGUAACAUAUGACAUAAAUAUCUACAUAAACAAAUUUGAUGAAGAUUAUAAAUAUUAAAGCAUCACAUCCUAAGUGUGUGUACAAUUUUUGGCCUUUAAUACAAAAAUAUACACUCAGAUAUGCAUGGAGCCAGUGAUAAAUAUGCAAUGACAAAAUAAAUGAAUAAUUUGGUCACAAAUAAAUUAAUAGUGCAAUAAAUGACAAAUAAAUUGUCAACUGUGCAUAUUUUUUAUCAGUGUCUCUGAAAAUGACUGUACCAUACAUCACUAUAUGGCAUUUUUCUCUUAUAAAAGCCAUAUUUGCCUACUAGGCCAU